UUCGAAUGCGGGAUGCUGGAUUUUUAUGUUGACGACAGAACAAUGAACCUUUCGGAGAACCGAUUAAAGAGCUUGUUGAAGCAUUUAUAUAAUUAUCCAACAGAAGUUAUAAAAGAAAUUAAAAAAUGUACAAGCAGUCUACAGAGACCUGUCAAUGUAUUUUGACUAUUAUUGUCACAGAACUGGAUUAAAAAGUAAACUGGUUAAUAUAAGUGGUACUAUUCCUGUGUCAUGCAGAGGCCAAAUUUACAACCUUCCAAUAACCAUCUGGUUACAUAACACACAUCCCCUGAAUCCUCCAAAAUGUUUUGUGAAGGGGCUACCAAUUCAUUACCGAAACAAGGAGACCUCUUGGAUAAUGUCAGCAUGAAGUCUUCACGUUACUUGUGCAAUUGGGAAUAUCCAAGAUCACAUUUGGUGGGUCUUAUUGAAGAGAUAAAAGCAUCAUUUAUAAAUUCCUUAAAUAAUGCACCACAGAAUGCAGAUUCACAAGGACAUCUUGCUCCUGUUUCUCAUGCUUCAUCUCUUCAAGCAAGUUCCAGUCUGUUACCUGCAAGGCCAUUAUAUGAAGCUCCCAAAGGAAUAUCUGAGGUCCAUUGUAUUGCAAAAGGGUCACCUUUGCAUUCUGGAGAGAAUGCUUCAGAACAAAUCAGAGAAGAUAUCUUAUGAAAAGAGCUGAUGGCUCUGGGGAUCUCAUUACCACAACUCCCUGCAAAAGCUUCUCCUGCUGAGGGUGUACAUUCAGAAGAUCAUGCAACAAAGAAGAAAAUUGAUCCUGUAAAGCAAGCUGUAGAUCUCUUUCAUGAUUUGCAUAUUGACAAGGGGACUAACGCGUUUGACCUGGUGACACCUCCCCCAAAAAAUCAAGGUUUGUCUUCACGUGAUGCUCAGAAUACAGGCUUGUAUAAGGACAAACAGAAAGUUCUGUUGCUCAACAUUCCUGCUGAAUUGCCAGAGCACAGGAUGAAAGAUAAGCUUAUCAUAUUUUUCCAAAGCUGUAGAAACGGUGGUGGGGAAAUUGUUGAUCUUCAGUAUCCAAGUAGGAUUGCGGGAUCUGCCAUUAUCACCUUUGCUGAUGCCAAAGUUGCAGAAAGAGUUGUCCAACAGGGACAUCAUUUAUUCACUUAUGAUAGUAAAGUCUACCCAGUGGAGCUGAAGUUCUGUAAUGAAAAUGAUGAAGCUUUGGCUGAAAAUGACACCGGUAACAGUAUUUCCACUGUGGAUAUUGUGCAUGGCUUCCAGAAUUGGCAAGAAUUGCCAUCGAUUCCUGUUGAUCCUUCAAAGGAAAAAUCAGAACUUUUUCAGCGAUUACUGAGCACAGAAGACCAGAAUUUCAGCGUUGAGGAUGUGAUGGAAGUUGUGCAGUCUGGUUUAAAUUAUGAAUCAGCUUUGCGGUAUCUCUCUCACGAGUGUCCCAUUUGCAGUGAACAUGUAUCCUUUAGCAGGGUUGUCACAAUGACUCACUGCAGCUGUUCUUUCUGUGAAAAUUGUUUUAAGAACUACUUCUCAUCAGUCAUAAAGGAACAAAGUAUUGUCAAUGUGGUUUGCCCACUAUGCAAGACCCCAAAUCUGAAAAGCCACCAAGUCCAAGAGGAUAUCACAGAGUACUUCAAUUUCCUGGACAUUCAGAUUCGCCACUAUCUUGAUGAAAAAACUCAUGAAUUAUUUCAAAGGAAGCUACGGGACCGAACCCUGAUGGAAAUGCCAAACUUCAGAUGGUGUGCACAUUGUUCCUUUGGCCUGUUGCAUGAUCUUAAUAGGUUGAGAAUGGAUUGUCCUUCUUGUAACAAAAGCACAUGCUUCCAGUGUAAGAUUCCUUGGGAGCAACAGCAUGAAGGGAUCAGCUGCGAACAGUUCAGGAUGUGGAAGCAGCAGAAUAACCCUGAGUAUCAGGCAAGCGCACUAGACAUCUAUCUCAGCAAGAAUGGAAUAGAGUGCCCUAAUUGUAGAGCUCAAUUUGACUUGUCCAGAGGAGGUUGUAUGCAUUUUAAUUGCCAAGAAUGUCAAUAUCAGUUCUGUGGUGGCUGUAGAAGACCUUUUAAGUUAGGAUCGGCUUGUUCGUUCAUGGUUAACUGCCUUACAAAGGGUUUUCAUGCCCAUCAUCCCCGGAACUGCUUCUAUUACCUCAGAGACUGGAGUGUGGAACGUUUGAAGCAGCUGUUAACUAUGGGGAAUGUUCCCUUGACUGCCUUUAUAGCAGAUAAUAGCCUAGGGCAGGUGGAAGGUAAAUGUAAAGUUAUGGAGCAGAGAGAAACCUCGCAAGGUUUGAAGGAUGAGCAGUGCGGGCAACCUUCAGUUCAAGGCUACACGGGCUUCUGCAAUAUCCAUUUGAAACAGCACUUGGUUGAACUCAUGAAUAGAAAUAAUUUGGAUCCAGCUGUACUAUACAGCAAAGAUGAAAUAUUAAUGGAACUUCAACGCUGGAAUAUUUCUGUCCCUAAUCAACACAUCAAUGAACCAGAAGAACAAUUUACACAAAGAUUAAGAAAUAAAAUAAUGAAUGAGCUAAAGCUGGACAAUCAACAAACUGUUUUCACCAAGAAUUCAGGAUUACUUGCAUCCCAUCAGUCAAAUGUGUUAUGAGAAGUGUAAUUACUACAGUGGGCUAGAAAUUCUCACAUGGUUGAAAAUGAAUGUUUCAAUGACACUGCAGGGAAACCUGAGCCAUUUUCACACAGGCCAUAAAGGAAUCUGCUUUCUUGUGUGAAAAUUGCAACACUAUAUGUAGGUAAGUUUUGUACACAGUUCUGCAGAGUUGCAUUUAGAAAUGCUAUCUGUGAACAGACCUUAAGAUGCACUUUCCUACCUUGGUGGUAGCUCUUGUAGUAACACUUCACCACGGGAACCACUGCCUCAAGUAUUGAGGUUGAUUUGAAUCAACUUCGUCUUUAAGUAGUGGGUGGAAUAUGGGAUAGAUCCCACAUAAUUCUGAUGGAUGAUGGAUUGUCAUGCUAUUGAAGCUGGGCACUGGGGUAAAGGAUCAAUGUGGUCAACCUUCCCAAAGAACCUUCUGCCUGUUCCAUUGAAGACAACAAACCAUUCCUUGAUAGAUCGAGGAAUAGAGGGUAUGGAGAACUGACACAGAAGAGGUGAGGCUAGCGUAGAUCAGUCAUUAUCAUAUUAAAUGGCGGGACAGGCUUGAAGGGCCUCCUGCUCCUAUUUUCUUGUUACUUGAGGUUUUCAUAUCUUGCUUCAUGGAAGAAUUGCAGCUAAAGAAAGAGAAAGCAUUCUAGCUUAUUCUAAAAAAGGCCAUUGACCAUUAAGGCUACUGCUGUGUUCAAGGUCACUUCUUCAGAAAUGUGGGUUACUUCCAGCAAUGACAUUAAGUGUGUGCAGCAGGCCUAUCAUUGUCACUGCGGUGACCUCCAAGUUUAUGCUCAUCCCAUUCAUGCAAUUUACCACAGCAUAUUGUGCAUGAAAGUGCCAGUUGCUUUUUGUGGCUAAACCAUUGUACAGUGUAGAAAAGCCUCUGCUGCAUAAUGUGAAUUUCUAGCCUCAAGAAUUUAACUAUGAAAUUGCUUAAUUUUAUGAUUUCUUUUAAGAAUGUUUUUAAUUUUAUUUGUUUUAAUUGCCUUCAGUCAGUCAUGUUAGUUAUAAUAUUGAUGUUCAAAAGGACGUAAUUGUUUCUUGCACACAAGUCACUGAAAGCUAACAUUCAGGUGCAGCAAUUAAUUUGGAAGGCAAAUGUUAUCUUGACAUUUUAUUAUGAGAGGAUUUGCAUGCAGGAAUAAAGAGGAUUUACUGUAACUACCUGGGGCCUUGGUGAGACCAUGCCUAGAGUAUUGUGUACAGUCUUUGGUCUUACUAGAUGGAAUGCAAUAAAGAUUCAUCAAACUGGCUUCUGGAUUAGUGGAUUUUCCAGUGUGGAGAGGUUGUGCAGAUGACUGUAUUCUCUAGAGUGGAGGAUGAGUGAUGUUCUCAUUGAAAUUUACUGGAUGCCUUGGAGAAUGCUUCCCCUGGCGGAGGAAGCCAGCAUCAGGGGUCACAGUCCCACAAUAAGGUGUAGGCCAUUCAGCAUUGAAUAGUAAUUAUCUCUCUCUAAAGAUGAUGAAUCUUUGGAAUUCUCUACCCUAGAGGGCUAUAGUUUCUCAGUUACUGAGCUCAUUCAAAGCAAUUAGUUUUUGGCUUUAAGGAAAUCAAAGGAUAUGGGGGUAGUGCAGGAAAAUGGAACUAAGGAAUGGUUUUACCGACAAUGCCCGAUCUCGGAAAAUGAAUAAGUAACAAAAAAGUUAAUGAUUUUGUUAAUUGUGGAGCAGGCUCAAAGAAUUGGAUGACUCACUCCUGUCCUCAUAUUUUUAAGUAGCGUAAAGUAAAAAAGCUCAGGGAAUGCAAAACUCAAAUUAAGCUCUGAAAAAGAUUUUUUUUUGCAAUUAUGUUUAAGGAAAUGCAGAAAUUGAAUAUCUUUCACAAGAAGUAUUAUUUUAAAGGAAAAAAAAAUUGUAGCAAAUAACCAUGAAAAUAAUUCUGCAGCCUACCAUCCUGUCUAAUGAGAUUCCCUAGGCAACAACUGAAAUUAUAUUUGUUUUUUUUCAUUAUAAAUGUAACGUGGAAGAUUGGAGCCAUGAUUUAUGUCCAAUUAAGUGUUCCUGCUGCUAAGUAGAGGGGAAAUUUCUGAAAUACUUGUAGGAUAAAUCAACCCUGAUCAGAUAUUUGAGCCAAUGUUCACUGAACAACUCACUGAAGGAUUUUUUUGGACAUUGUUUCCAUAUAAUUUAACAUUUGUCCUUGUAAGAUAAGUUCUCAUUCUAGAAAAUUACUAUUUUAUAUUUUUGACUGGAAGUUUUGAGAGUUGCUGUGUAAGUGGUAAACACAAUCAGUCCUCAGAUUGUUUUUAGAAAUAAUAUAUUUAGAAUUUUUCCUGCUGUGUCAAUCACCUCUUCAGUUCAGUCUGCAAAGUCUACCUAAUAGUUCUGUUGGUAUUUACAUUUCUUAUUAAUUUGUUCUUCUAUUUUAAAUUUAAAGGAUGGGGAUUUGCCCUCAUUAGUUUAUAAAUGCGAGUCUUAAAAGAUUAGGAUUGGUUAGUACCUGACAACUGUAGAUGUCUUGAGCAAAGAUGUCACCUACCUUAAGAUGCUUCUUCUAAAUCAAAUCUUUGAAGAAUCUUAAAAGCCAAUGGAUGAAUAUUUGAAAAAAUAUAAAACUUUGUAUAAAGGUAUCUAAGCCAGAAAAUAGGCAUACUGUAGCUUUUUAUCUCAUGAUAGUCCAAAGCAACUCAUGUUCAUUUAAUUACUUACUUUGUUGGCCUUGUUAAUAUUGCUGAAAGAGGCAACACUUUUCUCAGGUGUUAGAACAGUCUACUAUUACUUAGAGACAGCACAACCAGGAGAUUGACCCCUUAUUACAACACAGAAUAAGACCAACUCCUGAUUCCAUAAUGACUGUCUUUCCAAGAAGUCCAAAAGAAAAUUAAAAACUUAAAUCCAUGAACUAAGGCCACAAUAUUAAUCUGAAGGUACCUUCCAGAGGGGUGGAAACAUGGAAGUGGUCAUCAGAUAGCAAUCACUGAUCAGAACUGAAGUGGAAAAUUUUCAUUUUAGAUUUCACAUUUUCAAAAUUACGCAGGGAAAUGAUAUUCAGUGGCAUCUGCAAUUUUUUGAUUUUCACACAAGGAGAUCAUUUGACCAGCCAGUCACCAGCUUAUACCAAACAGUAAAUCUUUGUGGACCCUGCUGAACUUGUUACAGAGUUUGACAGUAAUUGCGCACUGGUCUGAUUAGCAUGGGGGUGGUCAUGUGAUCAGCUAGUGUACUAAUGACACCAGGCACAUCUUAAAGCAAGGCCUAACACCUGAAUUCCCUCUAUUAUUAAGGAAUGCCAAAAUAAAAAUGCACCAGCAUUAACCAAGACGUGAGUUCUAUAAUGUUAUCAAUGGAAGUCUUAAAAACUUAAGACUAUGAUACAUGUAAAACAGCAGCCUGAAGGAGCGGCCCUUUGGGCUGGCUUUGUGGGUGGCAAAUGGAACCACUACUUCAGCAACCUGGACUCAGUCCUGACUUCCAAUGCAGUAUGUAUGUAUGUUGCACAUUCUCCCUGUGACAAGUUACUUGCCACAGCCCAAAGAUAUGCAGGCUGAUAGGUUAAUUAUCCAUUGUAAGUUGCCCCUAAUGUGUAGAUGAGUUAUAAAAUCUGUGGGGAGUUGAUGGGAAUGUGAGAAUAAAAAUAGGAUGAGUGCAAAUAGGUAUUUGGCUUGGUGGGCCAAUGGGCCUUUCCCUUUGCUGUAUGAAUGUAUAAUUAUAUGACUUUAAAUUGUACCUUCAGUGAUAAGUGAAAUGGAAAUCUAAGCAACCUAUCUUUUAAAUAAAGCAAGCCUUUAAUUAUCUCUACUGUUUUUCCUGUGCAUUCUCAUUGUGUAAUAUUCUGACACACACUGAUAGAUUUAAACAGAAAUAAGCAAACUGGU